UUCAACCUAAUAACACAUUACCAGGAAUUGUUUAUAUAAAUAGCCAUGGGACCAGCAUGUGUAGUUCGCAGUUCGGUCUUGCAUUUAAAUUCGACAUGAAAACUUAUCUCCGAAUCUGGUCGAUACUCAGCUUGAUUGCUUUUGCACUUCCCUUUAAAACAAAUAUUACACAAUUUGGGAACUGCAAUGGAGUCUUACACGAGGGUGAAGUGUAUCCUGUUGAAAUCACCGAAGUCCAAUACGAAAAUGAGGGUGGUUUCGUAAACACAAUGCAUGGAAAUUAUGUUGUCCGGUCAGUGGAUACCAGAGAAAAGGAGCUCCUGAUAACGAUCUUCCAUUGCCCCCAGACGACCACGACAGGACAAUGCAAUAGCAACGGCAAGACUUUCAUUGAAUCACUGCACUGUGACCAAUUUAAGCGAGACAAUAGUGGAAUUUGGUAUAUGAUUUCCAGCGCUAUGAGCGGAUCUCAUUGCGGAGAAACGACUGGAACAUUUGACAUGCAAGCAGUAACGCUUCGAACGGAAUACCUCACCAAGUACAUUACAGAGGAUCCGCCGAAAGGACGAUACCUUCUUCAAAUGUUAUUCCAUAAAAAGUCGGCAACAACUGACGAUGUUGAUGUUCGCGGAUGUGUAAGCGUGGAGUUCGAUAUUCUGUGAGUUGCGUCCUAAUUGAAUUCGAUCGGAAUUAUUAAAUAUGCCAAUAAAAAUGUGAGCUUUCCAGCUA